AUGUGUGGUUGGAUGGGUGGUUGGAUGGAUGGAUGGAUUGUUGGUUGGAUGGAUGGUUGGAUGGAUGUGUGGUUGGAUGGAUGGUUGGAUGGAUGUGUGGUUGGAUGGAUGGGUGGUUGGAUGGAUGGAUGGGUGGUUGGAUGGAUGGAUGGAUGGAUGGAUGGGUGGUUGGAUGGAUGGAUGGGUGGUUGGAUGGAUGAGUGGUUGGAUGGAUGUGUGGUUGGAUGGAUGGGUGGUUGGAUGGAUGGAUGGUUAGAUGGAUGUGUGGUUGGAUGGAUGGGUGGGUGGUUGGAUGGAUGA